GCCCUUUCACAAAAUUAGCGAACGCUCUGAAUACAGCAAUACCAGAAGGACCAGCAGGUCAGAGAUACGAGGCUGGGAAUAGAACUGUGUGUCACAAACGAAUCAACCUUCCAAAAGCUCAGGUACCGCAUUUAUCUUUGGAAAGGGAUCCAUGCUAUCUUUGCCGAGCUUUCCCCUGCACUCUUCAGCAUAUGCCGCUCUACACUUCGUUCCCUACUCCCGGAGGGCCUCGAAAUGCACACCAGCAAUUCUUAGGUUGUAUCGAAGCAACAAAGGGCACCCAUGCUUUCUUCGGGCAAUUAGCUACUCGUCAAUUUGAGUACUGGUUAGUGGUAGCCAAAGACCCAAGAGAAGAGCGCGAGCUCUCAAGACGUACUGACUAUUCUUCUCCAUGGCCCAGUGCAAUUACAGAUACGAACGCAAACGACAAUCACAAGCUUACCAGGAGCGUAGUUGCUCUUGUAAACCAUCUAUUUCCAAAGGCUGUCGAUUCACCUCUUAUCUCUGAAGCCACCUGCGUAGAGCGGGCGAAUCUUCGACAGUUCACCUCCUUGAGGCUCAUCUUGUGUACUGUUUUGUCGCGCUGGGGUUACACAAAAGAACAGACUUCGCGGUUGACCAUGCGCAGGGAACGUUCGAGGAACUCCAGCCUUGCAUGAGUUCGCCUUUUGUGCUUUUCUCUCUGAACUUAAAGUUCAAGCGCCGUGGGUUUUGACCUGUCUCUCUGCAACUAACCUUCAUCGCUUCAACAGAGUGAAUUUGAUAUUCCUCAUCAACGCGGCAUCGA